GUUAACGAGUGAAGACCUGUAGCUGCAGCUUCCUCCGGCCCAGUUACUUGUUACAGAACAAUGUAAUUGUUACUACAGAAAUAUAGAUCACAGAAAAUGUGUUCACGUGAUUAAAUUGAGUGGCUUAUCGGUGCAUUUUGAUAGAAACAAAUCUGAUAUUCUUUUAAAUAAUUGUGACCACGUUAUUUUACAAGAUAUCGUGAAUAUUAUUGACGUGGGGUCGGUGAUGAGUCAGUGAAGGUGCAUUAAAUGGAACGUGAGCCUCGACAGAGCUUCGGUCUCAUGACGCGGCCGUCAUGACCUGAUCCCCGACCAAGCAGCAGCCCCUGGUCAUGAACAGCGCGUGUCGUGUCCGUGUUAUGGCGCGGGUGUGAAGAUGUGUUCCUGCCUGUGGGCGGGGCUGGUGGAGGCGGCCCAGUACCUGCUGUGGGAGGCGGCGGCGCUGGUGCGGCCCCCGGCGCACGUGGUGCUGGUGGGCCUCGACUCGUCGGGCAAGACCACGGCGUUGUUCCGACUGCGCUACGGACAGUACGUGAACGCCGUGCCCACUGUGGGCUUCAACACGGAGAAGGUGCGGGCGGGCGGCGCCAACUGGCUCAUCUGGGACGUGGGCGGCGCGGAGCGAGUGCGCCCGCUGUGGCGCUCGUACACCCGGGCCACCGACGCCCUCAUCUUCGUGGUGGACUCCAGCACGAGCGAGGAGCGGCUGGAGGAGACGCGGGUGGAGCUGCAGCGCCUCACCAAGCAGCAGACGGCGCAGUGCGUGGCGCUGAACCGGCCUCGCCCGCCGCUGCUCGUGCUCGCCAACAAGCAGGACCUGCCGGGGGCGCGGGAGCCGCAGCACCUGGCCAAGGCGAUGGGGCUGCCCGAGCUGCCCGACUCGCAGCCGUGGGCGGUGGCGCCGGCCUGCGCGGUCACCGGCGAAGGCCUGGACGAGGCUAUGGCCACCCUGCACCAGCUCGUCCUCAAGUCCCGGCAGAGCAGACCACGGUAGACUCGAGGCGGUAUGUGCGCAGGUCGGGGACCCUCGCUCGGGAUAGCAAGGGAAGGUCUUUCGCCGACGCCCUUGCGGGUCAGGACUCCCAGCGGGCGCAGGCAGCCGAAGGCAACUCAAGAAAGUGAGAUCACGAUACAGCGCAUGUCAGUGCGGCGGCUUGACCCUGUGGCUGCUUCUCAUGGGCAAAAAAUCGCAUGAUCUUGCAUAUUGCAACUUCCUGCCAGAAUGCAAGUGCCGCCAUGGUGAGUGCAUCGAUGAAACCACGGUAGUCUUGCAGUGCAAUUGUAUCCUGUCUCGCUCCUGAUAGCCAGGUCCUCAGCAGGCAAAAUAGGACAUCCAGAACUCAGCAACUGUGACUGCACCACUUCCCAGCGAUUCCAGCUGGACAGCAGCGCGCAAACCACACCACCAGUGGUUCAUCAACACUCAGGGAUAAUGGCAGUACCAAGGCCGCUGUCCUUCGGGGCUCCGGCGUUCCCCAGGGCUCCCUCCUGGCACUCUCGCCUCCGUUAUCUCGUUUCGAUUUCCGCGCUGGAGAAGACGUCCCCUGGCAGAGAUGUCAAGCGAGACCAUCUCUCUUAAAAGAUGAGAUUUCUUAACAUCGCGCCAGAAGCACUAACGGCUCAAGGUUAACCACCGUAUAGCAGCUGUUAUGCAACCCGUGGCUCCGUAGUAAUCGUGGGAAAGGUACUGUGGGCGAGCACCGCGGCGCCCAUCCAUGGCGGUUUCUGAGGCGCCCUGUGCAGAGCUUGAGUGACAGGUUCAUGAUGUUAUAUCCGCUUUAGGACAUUGUUCUUCCCGAGGUCCCACACCGCUUGCCUCCGUGCAUGAAUCAAGAACAUUUGUGGGUCGUAAUGUUUUUUUUUUCCCAUGGUACCUCUUAUAUUGAAAUGCAGUUGCUUCGCUCGCACAGUAACAGAACAACCUGUGCUUAGUGAAAACGCCUUUAUUAAGUAUUUUUAACCUAGUCGUACCCACAACACAAGCAGACUCUCUGUGCGUAUAGCCUGGCAAGGUUUAUAGUCUGGGGCUACUUGCAACUGUGGAUAAAUAGUUGUUUGUAAGUACGAGGAUAGACUGCUCCUGAUAAUACGGGCAGCGAUCAUCUAAUCUUUGGACUGUCUUCUACUACAAGAACAAUUCUAAAUUAAAUUUUAUGAAAUAAACUGACUUGAUUAGUUCUGAUAUCAAACAAUUUUGUGAAGUAUGUUCUUAGAACACGCAUUCCAUCGUAUGAAGUCAACAAUACACGCAUCAAUAAAGUCGUGAGGAGCCUGUGUCAGAGCCUCUCCGACGAAAUAAGCCGACGAGUAACCACUUCUCGGGUUCAUCGAUUUAUCAGCCGUACUACCACAACUCAGCGUGCCUUGUUCAAAAUCCCAAAAUCGGUGCUAGAACGGAGCUACGCGAGCAGAAUCGUCGUUUGAGGACACACCAGCUGUACAUCACCUCCCAGACGCUUCCACCUGCGGUCCGCUAAUUGUAGGGCCGAAAACUUUAUGACGGAGGAGCAGGUUCUUCGCGCCGACGGUCCUGCUGCUCUGGCGACGGAUGGCGGGCGGGCGGGCGAGGGGGAUCACAGUGCUGCCCCCGAGAGGCGCGAAAGCGAGGAUCACGUCGGAUCUCUCUCUC